AUGAAUUUCUUUUCGUGCGGCUGCAGGGCGCUGCUGCGUGAACUUAGUGGGCUGCCGUCUUUUUCUUCCUUCCCUCUCCCUGCCCUCACUCUCUGCGCCGCACCCCACCGCGCCCCCCAUUUCUCUCUCUGUUUCUUCUUCUCCGCUGCCCCGCAGCCCACUGGCUCUGCUGCGACGCUACUGCCACCACCACCACCACUGUUUUUGCCGAUGGCGCUGACGGUGCGGCGCCGUGCGGUGUGCGCAGUGGCGCUCCUCGCGCUGCUCUGCUCCUCCGUCUGCGGGGCGAAUGCUGAAGGGCCUGCGGCCAAUGUGAAUGUGUCGGUGGAGGUGUCGUGCCUGAACACUGAGAAAAAGUUGCGUUGGCGCGUUGCUGGCAAGAGUAAUUCGGACUGGAAGGAGUGUCCGCAGGCAGUGAAGGGUGCGGGGGGCAUUGAAGGCGAUGUUGGCAGCAAUUCCCUCUGCCUCUUUGCCGCUUCGGUGUUCCUGGAGAAGUUCCCGAUGGGGACGUGCCCUGCACCCCAGCCAACGGAGGGCACAGAC